GAUCCAGAGAGAGAGAGAGAGAGAAGCCAUGGCUGGUCUUCAAAGAUCUGAGGUAUCAUUCCGACGACAAGGUUCGUCUGGGCUUGUUUGGGACGACAGAUUCUUAUCAGGCGAAUUGAACAAGGUGAACCAGAAGGAAGAUAAUAAUGAUCGUCCUCAACAACAACAUCACAACUCUGAGAUUAAAGAGCUUAAGGUAGACGUCGGAUCAUCCAACACCAUCCAGAGAAGCCGUUCCAACGGCGGCUAUCGCACCGGAAAAGUGUCUCCGGCUAUUGAACCACCGUCUCCGAAGCUCUCCGCAUGUGGGUUUUGCAGCGCGUUCGGAAAGCCCGGCGGCGAUAGGGGUCAACGGAGGAGAAAGCCGGCGAAGCGGAGAUCAAGGUAAUUCAUUAAAUAUUUUCUGGAUUUUCACGGUGGCCGGAGACAGGAUAUUCCGUCGGAGUGAGAGAAAAGAAGAACACAAGCAUGAAUGUUUAUGUGUUUAGUUAAUUAGUUUAGUGCUUUUUUCUUUUUCUAGAUUAUUAGUUAGAAAGGUAGAAGUGGCUUUGUUUGAUCGAUGUUGGGGUGGACGUACGUGAUUAUAUGUGUUAAUAUUUAUGGGAUUGUUGAAGAAUUUUGAUUUUGAUUUUUGUACAAAGAAAAAAAAUUCUGAAAAUGGAAUAUUAUCUCAUAAUUAUAUGCUUGCCAUUGAGGAUUUGGAGAUU